GAGGCGGCUGUAGCGUCAGGUGACAGCCCGGAAGCUGCGGAAGCGGAUGAAGCAGAGCCGUGGAGGCCCUGUGGAGCAGCGCGGAGGUGCGGGAGCUGGUCGGCAGCCCCCGAGCCCGUGGUGCAGCGCACAUGCGGCGCUCGGGCUGACAUCUGAAGGCCGCCGCUCUGGGUCGUGCGGCCGGGUCUCGGCGGUUGGAGUCGCGGUGCGGGCCUGCGGCGGACGCCCAUGAUGGAGAAGGCUGGGCGUGAGGGUGACGGCGCCCCCUGCGGGCCCGUCCUGCACAUCGUGGUGGUCGGCUUUCACCACAAGAAGGGCUGCCAGGUUGAAUUCUCUUAUCCACCACUGAUUCCAGGAGAUGGACAUGACAGCCACACUUUACCCGAAGAAUGGAAAUAUUUGCCUUUCCUUGCCUUACCAGAUGGUGCACAUAACUAUCAGGAAGAUACUGUGUUUUUUCACUUGCCACCCAGAAAUGGAAAUGGAGCCACAGUAUAUGGUAUCUCUUGCUAUCGACAAAUUGAAGCCAAGGCAUUAAAAGUAAGGCAAGCCGACAUCACCAGAGAGACUGUUCAGAAAAGUGUCUGUGUUUUGAGCAAGCUGCCUCUUUAUGGCUUACUUCAAGCAAAAUUGCAACUCAUUACACAUGCAUAUUUUGAAGAGAAAGAUUUUUCCCAAAUUUCUAUUCUAAAGGAGCUCUAUGAGCAUAUGAACAGUUCCUUAGGAGGGGCCUCAUUGGAAGGAUCGCAGGUGUAUCUUGGUCUGUCUCCUCGAGAUCUUGUUCUUCAUUUUCGACACAAGGUCUUGAUCCUGUUUAAGCUAAUUCUUCUGGAAAAAAAGGUUCUUUUUUACAUUUCUCCAGUGAAUAGAUUGGUGGGUGCACUAAUGACCGUGUUAUCCCUUUUUCCAGGCAUGAUUGAACAUGGCCUCAGUGACUGUUCUCAGUAUAGACCCCGAAAGAGUAUGUCUGAAGAUGUUGGGCUUCAGGAAAGUAAUCCCCCUGCAAAUGAUUUUAUUUCUGAGUCCACUUCUGACAUUUCAAACACCAGCUUGGGAACUGUCACGAAAAUCACUUCAGGAAACCAUGGAGGAGACACUGUCCUCCAGACGGAGCAGCCUUGCUUCCAAGUAGAAGAUAACAACAACAGAGAACAAGAACCCAGUGACACUGUCUGCUAUUUGAAACCUCCACCUCGUCCGUCUCCAGAGUCUUCAGAAAGUGACUGGGAAACUUUGGAUCCUAGUGUUUUAGAGGACUCCUCCUUGAAAGAAAGGGAACAGAUAGGGUCAGACCAAACAAACUUAUUUCAGAAAGAAUCUGUGCCCUCAGACAGUCCUCCAAUUACUGUACAACCUCAAGCUAACACCAGGCAGGUGGUCCUGAUACCAGGACUCAUUUCUGGUUUGGAAGAGGACCAAUAUGGCAUGCCUCUGGCCAUCUUUACAAAGGGAUAUCUCUGCUUGCCUUACAUGGCACUGCAGCAGCAUCACCUUCUCUCUGACGUCACCGUCCGGGGAUUUGUGGCUGGAGCUACUAACAUCCUUUUUCGACAACAGAAGCACCUCAGUGAUGCCAUUGUGGAAGUGGAAGAAGCACUGAUCCAGAUCCAUGAUCCAGAACUUAGGAAGCUGCUUAACCCAACCACUGCAGAUCUAAGGUUCGCAGAUUACCUAGUAAGGCAUGUGACUGAGAACAGGGAUGAUGUCUUCCUGGAUGGCACAGGCUGGGAGGGAGGUGACGAAUGGAUCCGGGCCCAGUUUGCAGUCUACAUCCAUGCUCUGCUGGCUGCUACGCUGCAGUUAGAUAAUGAAAAGAUGUUAUCAGACUAUGGAACGGCUUUUGUUGCUGCCUGGAAGAAUACUCACAACUACAGGGUAUGGAACAGCAAUAAGCACCCAGCACUUUCAGAGAUAAACCCAAACCAUCCUUUUCAAGGCCAGUACUCCGUGUCAGACAUGAAACUCAGAUUCUCACAUUCUGUUCAGAACAGCGAACGUGGCAAAAAAAUUGGCAAUGUCAUGGUCACAACCAGCCGGAAUGUGGUCCAAACAGGAAAAGCUGUUGGCCAGUCAGUGGGAGGAGCUUUCUCCAGUGCAAAGACAGCUAUGUCCUCAUGGCUCUCUACCUUCACCACCUCUAGCCCUCAGAGUCUGCCUGAGCCACCCAGUGGGAAGCCCUGAGUCCAGCAGAGAAGCCGCUUUGUUCUCCAAGGUGUAAUGCUCCCUCCCCAUCUGCUGCUCCCAGGGUCUCCUCUAUCUACAGGUCCAGACCCAGGGACCAAGAUGACGAACUGUUUACAUGGACGGUUGCACUCUGUCUAAAUGAAUGUUGCAGGAUGCUGAACAGAUGAAAUCACAA